AUGGUACUCUCAACCAGACUCAUCACCAGGUUCAAACUCAGAAGGACAUCCAGAUGCUGGGGUCCACUACAACCUCCAGCUCGGCCGGACUUCUCAACUUUCGUAUCUUGUCAGAACGGCCUUCCCGAGACAAACCCGAAAACCGAGAUAUCCAAUCAGUCAACCAGUCUACUAAAAAUCAUCAACCAACAGAUCCUCGCUUCUGGACCUAUCUCAGUACCAGUGUGGAUGAAAUUAUGCUUGCACCAUCCUACGCUAGGGUAUUAUUCUAGAACCGAUCGAUCCAAUCAGGCCGACCCAUUCGGUAAACAGGGCGAUUUUAUCACCAGUCCGGAAAUUAGCCAGGUCUUCGGAGAGUUAAUCGCGAUAUGGUUUAUCAGUCGGUGGCAAGCAGCGGGCUGUCCAAGACGGACCAGAAUCAUCGAACUUGGACCGGGAAGGGGGACAUUAAUGGCCGACAUAAUCAGAACUUUUAAAUCGAUCAAAGCGUUUGAUGAUGUCGAUUUCUCGAUCCAUUUCAUCGAAAAUAGUCCGUUCAUGCGGGCACUUCAGGAUCAGAAACUCUCAACAUUCGAUGGUCUCAAGAAAGAGAACGUUUCUUGGUUUGAUCGGAUCGAUCAGGUAGGCAAAGAGAAUGAUCAAUGGACGAUGGUGAUUGCCCAUGAAUUCUUCGACGCUUUACCAGUGCAUAUCUUCCAAAAAACACCGAGGGGAUUUCGAGAAGUGAUGAUUGAUAUCAAUAAUGCCGACAUGUCACCGACAGAGAAAUCGCUUCGAUUCGCACUUUCUCCCGGUCCUACACUCGCUUCUCAAAUGCUAAUUUCAGAGGAACAUCAGAAGCUUCCAGUCGAUGCCAAAUUGGAGGUAUCACCCAGUGCCAACCAAAUCGCAGGUCAAAUUUCUCAACUGCUCAAUUCUGACGCAGGCGGGACUGGAUUGAUAAUCGACUAUGGCGCCGAGCACCAUUUCUCACAUUCCUUACGAGGAUUCUAUCAACAUCAGAUUGUCGAUCCACUCAGUCGGCCAGGCUUGACAGAUAUUACAGCAAACGUUGAUUUUGCAAGCUUGAAGCGAUCAAUGAGUCCCAAUGUUCUAACGUAUGGCCCGAUCACUCAGCGCCAGUUCCUCCUAUCGAUGGGCAUCGAAGUUCGAACCAAGCGUUUAAACCAGUCUUCUUCCCUAACUGAAGACAGUUCUCAACGCUUGAUAUCUCCCUUCGGGAUGGGAGACCAGUACAAGUUUUUAGGGUUCGAACAUCCUCCGAGCCAGUUAUCGUCUACCCAAGCUCCUCAAGAAGUCUAUCCUUUCCCUACCUGA